GUGGGGGAAACGUUGCCCGUUUAAAUCAACCAGGAAUUUUAAGCAAGUUUGAUUGUUUUGGCUGCAGUGACCCACUAGAAAAAAAAUGCUUUGGGUUAUUCUUAAAAGCCUUAGAUUCGAGAUUAAUUCGUCCUACAUAUAAUUGACUUUCUUUACAUUAUUACAUAUUUUUAUAUAAACGAUGUUGCCAUAGGUGUGUUCAUGAAGUGAUCCUUUUCUUAUAUUAACCUUCUCUACCUCAUGGUAUUGUAUUAAACAAGUACCAUUCUUAGGCCGUUUUGAAGAGUGGCUAUAAUUGGUCUGUUCUCUCUUUUGACAUUGGCUAAGAAGGAAGCUAUCUAUCCUGAAAAGCAAAUGAACCUCAAAUCGGUAUGAAAGUGAACGAAGUUUGGCGCAGUGGGUGGGGAGACUCGUUUGCUGUCUCGUUGAAAUGGUUGAGCGGUGAGUGUCAGCGAGGAGGAAGCGGGUUUCAAGCGUUCGUUUGGUUAAUGCUUUGCUGAAUAAGCUGUUGGAUAAUUAUUAGGUCUGAUUUUAGCUUGUAAAUAUAUCAUGUACCUGUGAGAACAUGUGCGGGCAGCUAGACUGAGGCUAGGAGAAACUAGCAUAGCUAGCUUGGUGGGCUGUUUAGCCCUAUGGUAAGAUACCUUUCUUCCUCGCUUCGAGACGGUUGGAAAUGUUCACAUGGCACACAGAAAGGAAGUAUUUAAAUCAAAAGUUCUGCAGAAGCUCUAUCCUGCAAUAACCACUCCGAGGAAGGAACAAAACCUACCAGCCAUCGCAGGGGAGCAGGCCACAACAGCUGGUGUGAAAAGAAAAUCAUUUAAAAAAGAUGGUGCAUUUGGAGAUGCAGGGAAGCCACAAAAUGCUGCCGGUACAUGCCGGCGCAUGUACACAGUCCUACCUCCUCCGCCAGGCUAUAAUGUACAUUCAGAGAAAUCUGUCACACUUCCCGAGCUUGAAAGCAUAAACAGUGCCGAAGAUCCUGCUGAGGAAAGUGUCCAUAGUGAAGAGGAAGAUGAAGAAAAAGAGUCAGAAGACCAGAAAAGGAGAAGAAGAAAGAGGAAGAAGAAGCAAGCCCCAUCUCUGGACUCCGGGAAAGAUGGAGCGCCAGUAUGCGACGGGUCAGGUCAGAGUCAGGUGCCAGUAGACGAGAGAGGUGAGCAUAUUAGCAAGAACAGGAAGAGAAAGCUGAAGAAGAAGAGGCACAAGGAGAAGUUGCUGUCCUUGGGUCUGAUGCCCCGCGCUGCUGCAUUGGAGUUCACCUACAGUAAAGAUGGAGAGGAGGGAGUAAAGGAGGAGAAAGAUGACGAGACAAAGGUUACGGAGCUGUCUGAGUUCCUGUGGACAACACUGGAAAUCUAUAUGUCAGAUGCGUCUCCCAAUAUCAUCAAGAUCCCUCAUCUUUCUGCUACAGUGGACGGCCUUUUAAAGAGUCUGGGAAGUGGCUCUAAGCCGAACUCUGUCCUCAACCAGCUGAACAGUCUUAAAAAAUUAAUUCAACAGAAUGAGGCUGGCAGUGUAGAAAAGGCACUCGUGGAGCUCAACAACAACGCCUAUAUGUCUGCAGAGGAAAUCGACGCUGUUGUUUCCCUGUUCAAAUACUGGAUCACAGAGAUUCUUCCCUUGCAGAGCGACAAAGCGACAAGACUUUCUACAACACAGCAAUAACACCGUCUGAGACAAAAAAAACAGAGACUCUUUCGAAGGAAUAUGUGUGCUUCUUUGAAAAAAUGUUCGGCUUUGUCUGUUUUUUAAUAAUAAAAAAGUAUGCUGUU